AUGAGCUUAAAUUUUAGUGAAGAUGAUGAAAUAUACGAAGAACAGGUGGAGGCAAAAAAUAGUGAGAGCAACAAUUUAAAUUACGAUAAUGGAAAAAAUUACUUCAACGAUGAGAAUUUCGACAAUUAUGGAGAAGAGGAACAUAACUAUAUGAAAGAGAGUGAAGAGGUGGAAGAAAAAAAGAAGAAAAGAAAACAAAGUAUGACAUUUCAAUUAAAAAAUUUAUUUAACGAUGUAGCAUUAAAUAAAAUUAACAGUUAUAUUAGAAAAAAAAAAAGAAAGAGCGAACAAAGAAAUAGCUAUAGUAGCAAUUUUAAUUCUCAAGGGGAUGAUGAACAUGGUCAGGAAAUGGGAGAUGGUUAUGAUGAGGAUGCAGACAGCGAAGAGGAUGAGUUGCAAAAAUACGUGAGAGAGGAAAAGAACAAAAUAAAACAAAUUCUUCCAGAGAAAGAUGAAUUAUGGGAUAUAUAUAUGUAUUUAAAUUUAAAAAAAAAGAAACGAAAAAUUAAUUACAACUUAAAAAAUUACACUGCAGCUAUUAAAAAACUGUUAGAGUGUGUUCAUAAUGAAUAUAAAAAUAUAAUAAGUGAAAAAUUAUUUGGAAAUAAAAUAUUUGUACAAUAUUUAAUUAUAAAUGACAGUUCAGAAUUUUUUAAAAAUAGUAGUGUAGAAUAUAUAGGGAAAAAUAUGUCUAUUCCUAUAAUUAAGAAAAGUAAUACUUUAUUUGAGAUUAAAAAGAAAUUAAUAAAUUUAUAUAAUAAAGGAAAUUGUUGUAAUUAUUUAAAGGAAAUUGAUAUACCAGCUGGGGAGGAAAAAGAGGAAACCAAUGUAUAUGAACAGUAUGGAAGCAGGAAGUAUGAUAAGUAUUUAACCAAUAAUUAUAGUGACAAUAAUAAUAAUAAUGGUAGUAGCGAUAAUGUUGGUAAUGGUAAUGACAAUUAUGGUAAUAAUGAUGAUAAUGGUAAUUUCGAAAGAGCUAAUCUCGAUUAUGGUAAUAACAUAAACACCAGUAGGAGCAGUAUCAGUGGUAAAAAGGCUCAGGACAACACAAGUUUUAUCAUAGAAAAGGAAAAAUUGAAUAUAGAAAUAAGUAAGUUGACGGAAAAGUAUUCUAAAAUGAUCUACAGAAUAAAACAACAUAAAAGAAAAGACUUAAGAACAAGUUUUAAUUUAUUUAUGAAUUUAAUUAAUGAAGUUACUUCGAAAUUAUAUUUUUCUGUGCAUAAUGUUUUACUUAUGGAAGAUAAUAGUGCCAACCUAGCUGACAUUUACAAAACUAUUAGACGGAAGUAUAAUAUACAUGAUGUGCUAGCCAAAGUUCAAAAGUUAACACAAAAAAAAGAAAUAUAUGAACACUAUCGUUCUUAUCUUUUAUACAAAUAUAAAACUACAUAUCCUGUAUGUGAAGAAGUUUUUAAAAAUCAUGAAAUGAGAGAUAACAUCAACAUAUUUAAUUUUAAAAAAUUUUAUAAUACCGAAUUUUCAAAUGAUAAGUUUUCCAUCAUAAGGGAGGAUGAAGUUGCUCCUACAAGGGAAGAAGAACAAGAAGGAAAAUUGCACGAUGGAGGGGUAAUGCACAAUGAAAAGGACAAAAAGACACGUGCAGAAGCUGCAGAAGAUAUAUUUACAAAUGAUGUAUAUGAUAAUGAGGAUUUUUUCAGCAUAAACGUUCAAAAGGGGGAAAAUUCGAGUGGAAACAAGGAGACUGAUAGUAAGGUCUACAACACAAGCAACAAUAACAGUGACAGUAAUAAUAAUAAUAAUAACAAAAACAAUAAUAAUAACAGUGCUUCUACAAAUGACGAUCAUAAGGCAAACACGGGAGAAAACGAUAUCGUUGAAGAAACACCUUUAGAGAGAGCCAAAAGAAUUGCUAGGGAGAAAAAGAAAAAACUCAUGGAAAGUAGAACUAAAAUUAUAUAA